CCCACUGUAGCCGCCCCCCAUGCAUCACUGUCCCUCUUGCCCACUGCAGGAGCAGUCAAGCAGCCUGCACGCCCACAUCCGCUUCGAGUUUGCGCGCAUGCACCGGGUGCUGAGCGAGAGGGAGCAACGCUUGAGCGACGAACUGCAGGAUGCAGAGGAGCGCAUCCUGGCACAGAUGCAGGAGAACCUGCAGUGCAUGCAGGACACGCUGGAUUCCGUGGAGCGGUUCCUGCGACAGCUGCAGACACGCAUGGAGCAGCGGGACAUCGUGGCUUUGAUCAAGGAGGAAAGUAUUUGGAAUAGGAGGUAAGAUAUCCCACCUCUCUCUUGUAUACCAUAUUGGACCAUUAUGCCCUGAUUCAGUCAUGGCUGAUCUACCUGACACCCUUACUGAUGAAGAACCACCUUCAAAAUACCCAAUCACUGGGCCUCCACCGCCAUCUGUAGCACUGAAUUCCACAGCUCACUGCCCUAUGACGAGUACAAUCCUUCCCAGGUCCAUUUUGAAGACUCUACCACUGGUGGAAACAUCCUCCCUUCAUCCUUGAAGCAAUACGCGCGCCUCAAACGUUAAACCCAGUGCUGACGGUCUCUGCAAUAUUGAACAUUUCAUAAGGUCAUAACUGAUAGGAGCAGAAUCAGGCCGUUUGGCCCAUCAAGUCUGACUCCGCCAUUCAAUCACGGCUGAUCUAUCUCUCCAUCCUCACCCCAUUCUCCUGCCUUCUCCCCUGAACCCACUGACCCCAUACUAAUCGGUGAUGCAGUGGUAGAGCUACUGCCUUGUGGCGCGUUCAGUGCCGGAGCCCCGGGUUCGAUCCCAAUAACGGGUGCUGUCUGUAUGGAGUGUGUACGUUCUCCCUGUGACCAUGUGAGUUUUCUCCGAGAUCUUCGGUUUCCUACCACAUUCCAAAGGCGUAGAGGUUUGUAGAAUAAUUGGCUGGUAUAAGUAUAAGAAGUAGAUUGACCCGAGUGUGUGUAGGAUAAUGUUAGCCUGGGGGGAUCGCUGGUCGGUGCAGACUCGGUGGGCUGAGGGGCUUGUUUCCCACGCUGUAUCUCUGAACUAAACUAAACUAAAUAUCCACUCCGCCAUUCAAUCGUGGCUGAUCUAUCUCUCCCUCCUAACCCCAUUCUCCUGCCUUCUCCACAUAACCCCUGACACCCGUACUAAUCAACAAUCUAUCUAUCUCUGCCUUAGAAAUAUCCACUGACUUGGCCUCCCCACAGGUUCGGUGACAAGCAAAACACACUGGAUGUGGUGGACUUGGAGCUGUCGCUGGGUGUGUUCAGCGGUACUCUACAGUAUAUGGCCUGGCGGGAGAUGAUGGACGCCAUCAGUCCUGGUAGGCCAACCUUACACUCAGCUCUGCUCCGUGGAACGGUGGUGACUGCAAGUACUCGAUGGGGAAGGGGAGUGAGAUGGAGACGGAGCAGGGAUGAGGAAUGUCAGAAAGAACUUAGAUCCUUGGCGGUUCAGAUCCAGCGGGAGAUAGAGGGACAAUUCAGAGUGCCAGACGUUAUGGGGAGAAGGCAGGAGAAUGGGAGUUGGAGGGAGAGAUAGAUCAGCCAUGAUUGAAUGGCGGAGUAGACUUGAUGGGCCGAAUGGCCUCAUUCUACUCCUAUCACUGAUGCUAUUACGAGUUCAGUUUCGGUUUAGUUUAUUGUCACAUGUCCCGAGGUACAGUGAAAAGCUUUGAAAGGCAAAAGUGAUUGGAGCAGAAUUAAGCCAUUCACCCCAUCAAGUCUACCCCGGCACUCAAUCAUAGCUGAUCUAUCUCUGCCUCCCAAACCCCAUUCUCCUGCCUUCUCCCCAUAACCCCUGACACCCGUGCUAACCAAGAAGAGCUUUUGUUGCGUGCUAUCCAGUCAGCAGGAAGACAAUACAUAAUUAUAACGAGCCAUUGACAGUGUUCAGACACAUGAUACGCCAGCCCGGUCAAUAAAAGUAAGCAUGCAGGUCUAGCAGGCAGUGAAGAAAGCUAAUGAAAUGUUGGCCUUUAUAACUAUAUAACAAUUACAGCACGGAAACAGGCCAUCUCGACCCUUCAAGCCCAUGCCGAACACGUAUUCUCCCCUAGUCCCAUAUACCUGCGCUCAGACCAUAACCCUCCAUUCCUUUCCCGUCCAUAUAACUAUCCAAUUUAUUUUUAAAUGAUAAAAACGAACCUGCCUCCACCACCUUCACUGGAAGCUCAUUCCACACAGCUACCACUAGCUGAGUAAAGAAGUUCCCCCUCAUGUUACCCCUAAACAUCUGUCCCUUAAUUCUCGUCAUGUCCCCUUGUUUGAAUCUUCCCUACUCUCAAUGGGAAAAGCUUAUCCACGUCAACUCUGACUAUCCCUCUCAUCAUUUUAAAGACCUCUAUCAAGUCCCCCCUUAACCUUCUGCGCUCCAAAGAAUAAAGCCCUAACUUGUUCAACCUUUCUCUGUAACUUAGUUGCUGAAACCCAGACAACAUUCCAAUAAAUCUCCUCUGUACUCUCUCUAUUUUGUUGACAUCCUUCCUAUAAUUAGGCGACCAAAAUUGUACACCAUACUCCAGAAUUGGCCUCACCAAUGCCUUGUACAAUUUUAACAUUACAUCCCAACUUCUAUACUCAAUGAUCUGAUUCAUAAAGGCCAACACACCAAAAGCUUUCUUUACCACCCUAUCUACAUGAGAUUCCACUUUCAGGGAACUGUGCACAGUUAUUCCCAGAUCCCUCUGUUCACCUACAUUCUUCAAUUCCCUACCAUUUACCAUGUACGUCCUAUUUUGAUUUGUCCUUCCAAGAUGUAGCACCUCACACUUAUCAGCAUUAAACUCCAUCUGCCAUCUUUCAGCCCCUCUUCCAACUGGCAUAAAUCUCUCUGUAGACUUUGAAACUCUACUUCAUUACCCGCAACCCCACCUAUCUUAGUAUCAUCUGCAUUCUUACUAAUCCAAUUUACCACACCAUCAUCCAGAUCAUUGAUGUACAUGACAAACAACAGUAGACCCAACACAGAUCCCUGUGGCACACCACUAGUCACUGGCCUCCAACCUGACAAACAACCAUCCACCAUUACUCUCUGGCAUCUCCCAUUCAGCCACUGUUGAAUCCAUCUUGCUACUGCACCAUUAAUACCCAACCAUUGAACCUUCUUAACCAACCUUCCGUGAGGAACCUUGUCAAAGGCUUUACUGAAGUCGAUAUAUACAACAUCCACUGCUUUACCCUCAUCAAUUUCCCGAGUAACCUCUUCAAAAAAUUCAAGAAGAUUAGUCAAGCAUGACCUUCCAGGCACAAAUCCAUGUUGACUGUUCCUAAUCCGACCCUGUUUAUCCAGAUGCUUAUAUAUAUUUUCUCUAAGUAUCCUUUUCAUUAAUUUGCCCACCACUGACAUCAAACUAACAGGUUUAUAAUUGCUAGGUUUACUCUUAGACCCCUUUUUAAAUAAUGGAACAAUAUUUCUGUCAUUGCGCCUGCAUUUUCUACACUAACUUCCCUCAAUGUCCUAGGGAAUAUCCUGUCCGGACGUGGAGACUUAUCCACUUUUAUAUUUCUCAAAAGUGUCAGUACUUCCUCUUCUUUGAAUCUCAUAGUUUCCGUAGCUACUCUACUUGUUUCCCUUACCUCACAUAAUUCAAUAUCCUUCUCCUUGGUGAAUACCGAAGAAAAAUUGUUCAAUAUCUCCCCCAUCCCUUUUGACUCUGUAGAUAGCUGUCCACUCUGACUCUCUAAUGGACCAAUUUUAUCCCUCGUUAUCCUUUUGCCAUUAAUAUAGCUGUGGAAACCCUUCGGAUUUACUUUUACCUUACUUGCCAAAGCAACCUCAUAUCUUCUUUUAGCUUUUCUAAUUUAUUUCUUAAGAUUCUUUUUACAUUCUUUAUACUCCUCAAGCAUCUCAUUUACUCCAUGCUGCCUAUAAUUAUUGUAGAUCUUUCCGAACCGUGUCCAAUUUCCCUUGAAAACCAGGGCUCUUUCCAAUUUUUAUUAUUUCCUUUCAACCGAACAGGGACAUAAAGAUUCUGUACUCUUAAAAUUUUUCCUUUAAAUAUACUCCAUUUCUCUUCCACAUCUUUCCCAUAAAACAAAAUGUCCCAAUUUACUCCUUUUAAAUCCUUUCUCAUCUCCUCAAAGUUAGCCUUUCUCCAAUCAAAAACCUCAACCCUAGGUCCAGUUCUGACCAUCUGCAUAAUUAUAUUGAAACUAAUUGUAUUGUGAUCACUGGUCCCGAACUGUCAUACCUCUGCCAACUCCACUUUAUAACAAGAGGAGUUGAAUAUAAGAGCAAAGUGGUCCUUCUACAGUUGUACAGGGCCAUGGUGAGACCACACCUGGACUAUUGUGUGCAGUUUUGGUCCCCAAAUUUGAGGAAGGACAUUCUUGCUAUUGAGGGAGCACAGCGUAGGUUCACCGGGUUAAUUCCCGGGAUGGCAGGACUGUCAUAUGCUGAGAGAAUGGAGCGGCUGAGCUUGUAUAUUCUGGAGUUUAGAAGGAUGAGAGGAUAUCUUAUUGAAACAUAUAAGAUUAUUAAGGAUUUGGACAUGCUAGAGGCAGGAAACAUGUUCCCGAUGUUGGGGGAGUCCAGAACCAGGGGCCACACAGUUUAAUAAGGGGUAGGCCAUUUAGAACGGAGAUGAGGAAAAACGUUUUCACCCAGAGAGUUGUGAAUCUGUGGAAUUCUGCCUCAGAGGGCGGUGGAGGCCGGUUCCCUGGAUGCUUUCAAGAGAGAUUUAGAUAGAGCUCUUAAAGAUAGCAGAGUCAGGGGAUAUGGGGAGAAGGCAGGAACGGUCUACUGAUUGGGGAUGAUCAGCCAUGAUCACAGUGAAUGGCGAAUGGUGCUGGCUCGAAGGGUUGAAUGGUCUACUCCUGCACCUAUUGUCUAUUGUUUAUUUGGUAGAUACAAAAUGCUGGAGUAACUGCUGGGUGAGGCAACAUCCCUAGAGAGAAGGAAUGGAUGAUGUUUCGGGUAGAGGCCCUCUUUAGUACAUUUGUUUGUCUUGUAUUAUGGUGGUAGGUUUUGUUUCGCUUUAUUUUAUGGUUCAAUAUUGUUGAUAAUAAUUGAUUGUAAUAUUUUUGGUUUAAUAAACAGUGCCGGCCCCGCUCACCCUGAACCCGGACAGGGCUAACCCGUGGCUGUAGCUGUCCGAGGAUCUGUGCAGCGUGUGGAUGGGGGCGGAGCGGCAGUCCCUACCCGAGUCCCGGUGGAGGUUUGACCGAUGUGCCGGCGUGAUGGCCGCGCAGGGCUUCGCGUCCGGCUGCCACUACUGGGAGGUGGAGGUUGGCGGCAAGACGGGGUGGGACCUCGGCGUGGUGCGGCGAUCGUGCCAGAGGAAGGGCAGGGUGGAGCGCCGGCCCCGGGAAGGCUACUGGAGGGUGAGCCUGCGGAGAGUCGAGGGGUACCAGGUUGUCACCGAGCCCCCCACACCCCUCACCAUGGAGCGCGGACCCAUGACCGUCGGCGUCUACCUGGACCACGAGGGCGGCCAGGUGUCCUUCUACGAUGCCGGCAGCAUGGUGCACCUGUACACCUUCUCCGAGACCCUCUUCCCCUACUUCUGUCUGUGCCUCACUGACGGGGGCAAGAACGCAGAGCCCAUGAAGAUCUGCCGGCUCACCAGCCAGUCCCGGCAUCACCUGCCGGUGGCAUUACCCGCCCACUCCGAUACCUCAUCCACCACCACCCGUCACCUCCACACAUCCUAACUGUGGAUAGACACCGAGUGCUGGAGUAACUCAGCGGGUCAGGCAGCAUCUGUGGAGAACAUAGAUAGGUGACGUUUCACCGAGUGCUGGAGUAACUCAGCGGGUCAGGCAGCAUCUGUGGAGAACAUGGAUAGGUGACGUUUCACAGAGUGCUGGAGUAACUCAGCGGGUCAGGCAGUAUCUGGUUUCUUCCCACACUUCAAAGACGGACAGGUUUGUUUGCUAAUUGGCUUCCAUAAAGUUGUAAAUAAUCCUUAGUAUUUACGAUAGUGUUAGUGCGCUGGUUGUUGUGGACUAGGUGGGCCGGAGGGCCUGUUUCCAUGCUGUAUCUCAAGUCUAAAGAUCACUCCCCACAUAUCUCCAGCGGUGGAGGGGCCAAUCACUGUGUAUGAACUCCGAACAAACUUCUCAGGAUGUGUGUUGAUGAUGUGAAAUAAUUUUGAGAGGUAAAUGAUGUACCGCUUGGUUUUACGUUUGUCUGUUGCUGUCGAUACGUUACUGGGCACUGGGAUGAGCGAGGAACCUCACGCGUGGAUGGAGAGAUGGAAUAGAAUACGGGUAGAGUGCAUGAGACAAAGAAACAUAGAAAAAUAGAUGCAGGAGGAGGCCAUUCAGUCCUUCGAGCUAGCACCGCCAUUCAAUAUGAUCACGGCUGAUCAAAUAAAUUUAGUACACCAUUCCUGCUUUUUCCCCAUAUCCCUUGAUUCUGUUAGCCCUAAGAGCUAAAUCUAACUCUCUCUUGAAAACAUCCAGUGAAAUGGCCUCCACCGCCUUCUGUGGCAGAGAAUCCCACAGAUUCACAACUCUCUGGAUGAAUCUUCUUGGGGUUUUAUUUAAUUUGAUCACUGAAAGCACCAAGGCUUCAAUGAUUUAAAAAAGUGCCUCUACUUCCUGAGAAGAUUAGGGAGAGUCGGUUUGUCAAGGAGGACUCAAGGAGUGCAUACUGACUGGCUGCAUCGUGCCUUGGUUCAGUAACUUGAACGACCAGGAGAGGAAAAAACUGCAGAAAGUUGUGACCACUGCCCAGUCCAUCAUCGGCUCUGACUUUCCCACCAUCGAAGGGAUCUAUCGCAGUCCCUGCCUUAAAAAUGCUGGCAGCAUCAUCAAGGACCCACACCAUCCUGGCCACACACUCAUCUCUCCGUUGCCAUCGGGAGGAAGGUACAGGAGCUUGAAAUCUGGAAUAUCCAGGUUCAAGAACAGCUUCUUCCCCACAGCCAUCAGACUAUUAAACACAACAUCAAACAAGCUCUGAACAAUAACAGUCUAUUGCACUUUCUGUUUAUUUAUUGUGUAUAUAUAUGGUCUAUGGUAUAUAGACACACUGAACUGUUAUCUCCUGUUCUCUAUUAUAUUCUGUUGUGCUGCAGCAAGCAAGAAUUGCAUUGUCCUAUCUGGGACACACGACAAGAAAACUCUCUUGACUCUUGAUUCUCUUGGCACGUAAUUCGAAUAAACAAAACCUUUCUAUUAGAUUCUUGUGAAUUUUACUGGUUGGGCGAAUUAUCCAAAUUCAACAAAGGGGCAUUACAUGUAUCUAUUGCAUUAAUCUAUUAAUGUAUCAUUUUGUCAUGUUUUGGGGGUCUUUGCCCUCAAAGAGGAUCCACUCGUAGCUUCCGCAAAUGCUUUCUGAUCAAUUUAAUUACACCAGAAGUUCACUUCUCGCUCCUGCAUUGAGGGUCUCUCCACUAUUCCACCUCAUGCAUGUGCGGCAUCUGCUGACUCUUGUGUCCCAGUGAAUUCUGGACAUCAACAACAAUGAACCAAGCAUUAUCAAUUAUUUUACUUCGGAGUCACGUGAGUGAUUCCGUGAAGACCCCAGCCCAGAGCGCAGGUGCGGCAUUAUCGCACAGCUGUGCAAUGCGGCCAGCGGGAGUCGGGCGCUCCAGCAUCCAAGGACGUGAGGUAAGUACUUACCUUAAUCGGGCCUUGUGGUUUUUUGCUCCAGGGGGAGCAAAGCAGCAGAGGAAGCGGCCCCCGUUCGACUCCAGCGAAGGAGCCGACAGUGGAGGGGGAUAGGCGCUAACGGGACCGCACACGCUGCGGACCGCUGCAGGGAGCUGCGCUGAUGCCGGUCCGCUGAACAGCUGUUUGGUUAACAGCAGCGGACCGGCGGGAAAUUAAAAAACCCGACCGGCAGCCCUGCAGACUCCUGACAAGGAGAAUCGCCGCCCGGGAACCGCUACAAUGCCGCCU